AUGGUCACAGGUGGAAGAGGUGAUGGACAGAGAUGCGCCACCACGCGAGAGUCUGCCUUUGUCCAUGCCAUCGCGUCGGCAGGGGUGGCCUUUGCUGUAACCCGCUCCUGUGCCGAGGGCACGUCCACGAUCUGCGGCUGUGACUCCCACCACAAAGGACCUCCAGGAGAUGGCUGGAAAUGGGGGGGAUGCAGCGAGGAUGCUGACUUCGGUGUGCUGGUGUCCCGGGAAUUCGCAGAUGCCCGAGAGAACCGGCCGGACGCCCGCUCGGCCAUGAACAGACACAACAACGAGGCCGGCAGGACGACCAUCCUGGAUCACAUGCACCUGAAGUGCAAGUGCCACGGUCUCUCGGGAAGCUGCGAGGUCAAGACCUGCUGGUGGGCCCAGCCUGAUUUCCGGGCGAUUGGUGACUACCUGAAGGAUAAAUAUGACAGCGCCUCUGAGAUGGUGGUUGAAAAGCACCGAGAAUCUCGGGGAUGGGUAGAAACUCUUAGGGCCAAGUAUGCUCUUUUCAAGCCGCCGACGGAGCGGGAUCUGGUCUACUAUGAGAACUCUCCCAAUUUUUGCGAGCCCAACCCAGAGACGGGCUCCUUUGGGACGAGGGACAGAACGUGCAACGUCACCUCCCACGGGAUCGACGGCUGCGACCUGCUGUGCUGCGGUCGUGGCCACAACACCAGGACUGAGAAACGGAAGGAGAAGUGUCACUGCAUCUUCCACUGGUGCUGCUACGUGAGCUGCCAGGAGUGCAUACGUGUCUACGACGUCCACACCUGCAAGUAAACCUAGGUAGGUCUCCAACUGAUGGGAGGUUGCUCCAGAGCAGGGCCGAGGGGUCCAUCAACCCUGUGAUCAGCCCCCACAUGGUGGCCUCACACUUCAGAGGAUGGCAUAAAAAAGUCCUAAUG